UUCGUUUCCGAUUCCUCACGCCAUGACACCACCGACUGCUGCCAGCUCUGACAACGACGACAACACACAGCGACAAGCCACCUGUGCUAAGAUGCACAGUGCCACGUAUCGAGCCAAGCACAGAGAUGUCCUCCGCGAGAAGAACCGUCAGUGGAAACUCGCCAACAAAGAGCGUGUGGCGGUUCAAAAAGCAGCGUACCGCGCAAAGCACAGACACAAGAUACGUGCCCACGACCGAGACAUCUACCAGCAAAAGAAGCGCGCCAAGCUACUAGGAAAGGAUAUGCCGACUGCGUCGACGGCCCUCGAGUCCACCGAUCGCUCUUUCGACAUCGUCACGUUCGACGCAUCGACUCCACCGAUGCGCACUUUAGAAACCCUCUCGAAUUCCCGCUUGCGGCACGCACGACCAAGUUUUGUGGCGCUUGGGAUCAUGCUCCGUUCCAAUCACGACCAUAGCACAACACCGACCGUGGUGCCGUCUCACGUAGCAGCAGAGAGGAGCGCUCUCUCGGCGGCAGACGCAGGAACGUCCUUUGGUCCAGCUACUGCCGCCACUGGUGCCAGCUUCACCCGUCUCCUUCACCCGACAAGCACGCCGCAGGGUGACGAUGACCCGUCGUUCGCUGCCACGCCUGUUGGAACCCCGCCUCUCAGUGGUGUCAAUUGUAUUGUCCCUGGAGGCCUACCAUGCACGAGUGGCCCAGUGAUCGAGCAAGCAGGUGCGGCGACAAACGGCACGGCGAACGGCUCGUUACUUCGCUGCACAUCGUCUGCAAAGAAACCACGUCAACGCAAUCUAGAGAAGCAGGCGGAGUACGACAGAUCGUACCGCCGCCGCCACAAAGCCGAGCUCGCGGUGAAGAGUCGCAUGUAUUACCACACGAACAAGGCCAAAGUGAUGGAGUACAAGACAAGAAAUCGCGACAAGGUGGCCGCCGCGGUACGUGACUGGAAACAACGCAACAAAGUUCACGUUCAAGCCCAGCGCAAGGCGUACCGCGAGCGAAAUCUCGAGCGCAUUCGGGAGCAUGAUCGAGCGAUAUAUCGUGCGAAGAAGAACGGCGCAGUGGUGAGCAGUACCGCCCAGGAGAGCGACGACGACGUCUCCACGUCCAAAGACACACAGACUUCGUUGGUGCUCCUGUAGCAUGCCAAGAAUGGAAUCCCAACACAGCCUUGAGCCCUCGAUGCAGUCGUGCCAAUCUGCGUCUAAGAUGAUGAACCGACGUGACAGAUGCUGCGGUAUUCUCCAUCAAGCAGAGACGUGAUGGACCUUGAGCAUUGCCAAUCGAUGGCGGCAGGAAGUUUAUGUGAUGUACCUCCUGAUUCACUUGCGACGCAAGAUGAGCUAUUCAUGCGCCGAUGUAGCGACCCCACUGAUGCAGUAAAUGGGCUUCGACGUGUUC